AUGCAGAAAGGUAAGAAGAUGAAAGCGGAAAUUCACCUUUUUGCCUUUGGUUCUCAGGAUCUCAGCUCGAGCUUUGUCUCUGUGCUUAAAAGAUACCAGGAGAUCCCUAGUUUCUCCAUGACCUGCAAAAGGAGCUCACACCCUGCCAUGCACAGGACAUGCAUGGAGCAUGCACUCCUCCCCAUAGCUCCGGUCUGGCUUUGGGUGAGCCUGCCCAAGGCUAGAAGAAGCAGGAGAGGGCCUGGCAGAGCAGUGCAGACCUUUCUUUCUCUGCCCGCUGUGCUGCAGACUGCUGCUCGCCAUUUUCCAAAUCUCCCCGCUGCUCCUGGGGCUUCACACUUGAACUCAGAGGCCAGAGCAGACACCCAAGCUGCCCAAGCCCUAAAGCAUCCUGAGUGCCUCUAGGACCUGAAUUCCCAUAGUCUGUACUGAAAGUGACACCCCAAGGCUGCAGUUUACCUCAACCUCAGUUUGCUUUUGAAAUCUGUUCACAGACUAUUUCCGAAAAAGUCCUUCGGGUUUGGAGAAUGGGUCUUUGAAAACAAUUCCGUUUUUAUUAUAGAUUCAGGGGGCACACGUGCAGGUAUGUUAGCAGGGAAUAUCGGGCGGUGCUGA